AUGGCAAAAUCACUGAUACAGAUUACUGCUCAAGAUGCUGGAGAACCCAUUCGCUGGACAACAGACAAGGUAAAGACAUUUGAGCUUUUGAAGCAAGCUGCACCUGCUCUGGGAUUGCCAGACUACGCUGGGGAAGGAACUCCAUAUCACGAUUAUGUAGUAACAACCCGUGAAGCUGAAAAGACUCAAGGAGAUUUAACAGAUGUGCCAUUUCUAGAUCCCAAUCUAGAACUAUUUGCCUAUAGGAUCCUGAUUGUUCUGAGUCCUUUAAUACAGGUCCAAGCUUUACUGGUUUACCUAAACAACCAAACCCGGCACACACUAACCCUUUUGCAGGAAAUAGUUUACAUGACUCAGAUUUAUUUGAAGAUUGUACUACCCUAUUUACACAAUUACCAGGGCAAUAUUGGAUCUCUGUUGCUUGCGGAGCUUGAGAAGGAAGAGAAAGAAAAGGACUGGUAUUAUGCUCAGCUUCAGGACCUUACUAAAAGGAUUGAUAAUAUCCCCCUUACUGAAAAUUUCUCCUUGCAAACAGAUAUGACCAGAAGGCAGUUAGAGUAUGAGGCAAGGCAAAUCAGAGCUGCAAUGGAAGAACAACUAGGUACUUGUCAGGACAUGGAGAAGCGAGCACAGGUAAGGGUGAUGAGGAUUCAACAAAUAGAGAAGGACAUUCUUUGUAUACGACAGCUCCUGCAAUCACAAGCAGCUGAAGCAGAGAGGGCACCUCAAAGCAAGCAUAAUGCAGGUUCCCAUGAUACAGAGAGGAACAAUGAAGGUCAAGGAACAGCAGAAAUCAGCAUAGCAACUACUGGUACUGGUCAGGGUUCUGCUGCUCGAAUGGACCAUGAGACAGCCAGUGUUAUGAACUCUAGUAAUAACUAUUCUGUUCCUCGCAGACUGACAAAUCAUCUGGGUACCAAGGUGGAAAUGGUAUAUUCAUUAUUGUCGAUGCUUGGUACUCAUGAUAAAGAUGACAUGUCACGAACAUUGCUAGCGAUGUCUAGCUCCCAAGACAGCUGCAUAGCUAUGCGUCAGUCUGGAUGUCUUCCUCUCCUCAUCCAGCUUUUACAUGGCAAUGAUAAAGACUCUGUGUUGUUAGGAAAUUCCCGUGGUAGUAAAGAGGCCCGUGCCAGAGCCAGCGCAGCACUGCAUAACAUCAUCCACUCCCAGCCCGAUGAUAAGCAAGGCAGACGGGAAAUCCGUGUGCUUCAUCUCUUGGAGCAAAUCUGUGCUUACUGUGAAAUGUGUUGGAAAUGGCAGGAGGCACAUGAAGAAGGCAUGGACCAAGACAAAACCCCAAUGCCAGCUCCAGUCGAUCAUCAAAUCUGUCCUGCCGUGUGUGUUUUGAUGAAACUUUCAUUUGAUGAAGAACACAGGCAUGCCAUGAAUGAGCUUGUUUUAAACAGAGUGAAACAAAUCCCUCCUACAAAUGAAGUGCUUCACAAAAUACUGCCUCUUAAAAUCAGUAAUUGCUGCAAGGCUGCAGUUAUUGGGUUUAUAGCACAAAGAAACCUAUUCAGUGAUGUAAAUGCUACAUUAUGUUCUAUGAAGGACUGCAUGAGAGCUCUUGUAGCCCAAUUGAAGUCUGAAAGUGAAGACUUGCAGCAGGUCAUUGCAAGUGUUUUGAGGAACUUGUCCUGGCGAGCAGAUGUAAACAGUAAAAAGACUCUACGUGAAGUUGGAAGUGUGAAAGCAUUGAUGGAAUGUGCUUUAGAAGUUAAGAAGGAAUCCACCCUAAAAAGCAUUUUGAGUGCCUUAUGGAAUUUGUCAGCACACUGUACUGAGAACAAAGGUGAUAUAUGUGCUGUUGAUGGUGCUCUUGCAUUUCUAGUUGGUACACUGACAUACCGGAGCCAAACAAACACUUUAGCCAUCAUAGAAAGUGGAGGAGGAAUAUUAAGAAAUGUUUCUAGCUUAAUUGCUACUAAUGAGGACCACAGGCAAAUCUUGCGAGAGAACAGCUGCUUACAAACCUUGUUACAGCAUUUGAAGUCACACAGUUUGACAAUAGUCAGUAAUGCAUGUGGGACCCUGUGGAAUCUUUCUGCACGAAAUGCAAAAGAUCAGGAGGCGCUGUGGGACAUGGGAGCAGUGAGCAUGCUCAAAAAUCUCAUUCACUCAAAACACAAAAUGAUAGCAAUGGGCAGUGCUGCAGCUCUAAGAAACCUGAUGGCAAAUAGGCCAGCAAAAUAUAAGGAUGCCAACAUUAUGUCUCCAGGAUCAAGCUUACCAUCUCUUCAUGUUAGAAAACAAAAGGCACUGGAAGCAGAAUUAGAUGCUCAGCAUUUAUCAGAGACUUUUGACAACAUUGAUAAUUUAAGCCCGAAAGCAUCUCACCAUAAUAAACAGAGACAUAAGCAAAAUAUUUACAAUGAGUACGUUCUGGAUUCCAGUCAACAUGAUGAUGGGAUUUGCAGAUCAGAGAGUUUUAAUACUGGUCAUAUGACUGUACUUUCACCAUAUUUAAAUGCCGCAGUAUUGCCUGGCUCCUCUUCCUUUAGUAGAGGAAACAUAGAAAACUCUCAGUCUGAGGAAGACAGAAGUCUCGAUAGGGAUGGAGCAGUAGGUUUAAAUAGCUAUCAUCCAACUACAGAGAAUACUGGGAACUCCUCUAAGAGAAUAGGAAUG